UUUAGCCAAUUGGGGCUAACAUGGCGAGUGUGACGAUGUUUCUUUUGCGAUUUGUGGUUGAAGAGCUGUGGGAAGUAAAGGGGGAGUAGAAUAGUGUUAGCAAAGAUAGGAUGCUGAGGUCCACGGGCUUCUUCCGGGGUAUUGAGUGUCCGUUCAGCAAGAACCGGGGCUCAGGAGAAAACUGCUCUCGACCUUAUUGUCACUUUAGACACAAUGGCGGUGAUCGUAGAGUUUCAUCCAGCACUACCAGCGACAUGGUCACUACCACUGAAAGAGAGAGCAGCAGUGCAGAAGUUGACUGUGAUCUUUAUAACCCAGAGUUCCCUAAUGCGUCAUCCAGUAAGGAUAAUGAGACAUUUGAAGAGUGCUGGGAGCCAGAUUCCAAUAACCUGGAAUUGGAACUUGUUAAUAAAGCUAUUGAAGCUAUCAAAGAUGAGAUGGAAAGAGAGCAGAAAAAAUAUGAGAAACUUUUGGAGACUAAAAAGGAGUAUCAGUCCUCACUCCGUAAGAACUCUGCUGGCGUAGAUGAUUUUUCAGUGCCUGUCUCAUCCUCUGUGCUUGACUAUGUUCCAAACCAGUAUGAAGUGACUAGUAAAACAGAGUAUAACCCUACUCCACUUUCCAGUACUACUGGCAAUUGUAAAUAUGUUUUGGAUGCACAUAAUGCAAAAUCCAAAGGAAAGUAUUUGGAGUAUGUUCCUUCAGCUGUGAUAAAGGCUUCAAAGUAUACUGUCCCUGUAAAUAAGAAUAAGUAUGUGGUAGACAAAUCAAAGCCAUCCACGGACUUGGAAUAUGACCCUUUGUCAAAUUACUCAGCCCGACAUCUAAGCAAGACUAGUAAAGAACAUGUACUGACUAAAAAAAACAAAACAUUUAUUCAGGAAGAUCCUUGCCUGGAAGAUGCUUAUGUGCCUGCUUCUAAGAAGCAUUGUGGUGAUAAAAGCUUUACUGGUUUUGCUACUGAUGAAGAAUUUUCUGACUCUGAAGAGGAAUUACAUGAUCAGUGUUAUCUUGACUCUUCAAAACAUAAACAUAGCUGUAGCACUGAACCAAGUGGUGUACAUACAGAACAAAAAGUAAGUAAUACAGAGAAAACAACUCUUUCUAAAGUGAAGGAUUCAGCUGUACAGUAUGAUGCAGAGGACUUUGAAGAACUUCAGUGGUUAGAGCAUUGUGGCUCUGUGAAGAAGUUAACAAAAAAGACUAAUGUUGAAAAGCCUAAACUGGUGACUCUGGAAAAGGAGGCAGGAAAAAAUGAAUUAAUAAAAUUUGAAAACAAAGACAUUGGAAAAACGUCUGAGACUAAAGAGACGAGAAAAAGUAAAUCACAAAGUUCUUAUGUGAAAGACAAAAAGACUGUGUCCAACAAAUGUGAUCUGCCAAAGGGCAGUGAGAGACUACAUGACACAAAUGAUAAACAGACUGCUUUGAAAGUUAAAGUGAGGGAAGACAAGUCUUUCCUCAGCAGUCAGAGUAUGCCUGUCUCUAAGGUUAAAAGUAAAAGUGAAAAAAACAAAACUAGUUCAGAAAUAGGAAACAGGGUAACAAAAGGGGAAAAGGAGAAGAAUGCUGAGAAGACUCUUAAAGGAACGAAUAAAGCUGUGAAUGAUAUUGGAAGUUUUAAAACGGUGGAUUUCAAAUCAAAAAGCUUAGAUGAGACCAAAAAGGAAAAAUCCAUCCAUAGCAUUUCAUCCGAGAUCAUCAGGAAAUUACAGUCAAGUCCGUUAAAACCGGGUCCAGAGAAGAAUUCAUCUGAAAUGAAAGAUGAAAGACAUAACACUUUAAAACAUGGACUUAUGGAAAUUAAAGCAAGGAAGGUGGAAAGCAAAUUCUCUAGAUGUACAAGUGCUGAGGGAACAAGUAACCCUGUAAAAGAAAAAGCCAAACCAGUAGGGAAACCCCGCACUUUAAGCCACGCUGAACUUUUUGGGGAUGAAAGUGAAGAUGAGGGUGAAAAUGGGCUAGAGGUUCCACUGCCAGAUAUUUUGAGCUCAGACUCUGAUGAUGAGGAUAGUGAAAAUAAAGCAGAAACUCCUAGACAAGGGCUUGCUAGUUCAGGUCCUAACAAUGAUGACCGCUGUCUUGAAUCUCCUUGUAAGCCUGAUAAAUUCACAAGUGGUAGAUUUAUGAGAAAAUCUCCAACUGUUUCUAAGAGCAAUACGGAUUCUUUUACUUUAAAGAAAACAGUAAAACAAGAGAAGGAUCUUCAUUUUUCUGCCUUGAAAAGAGAAAAAAGGAAAGAACUGGAUGUGGAGCAUCUCUACAUGAAGAGAAAGAAAGUAGAUGAAGAGUCCACAACAAAGAAAAAAAUUAAGCUGGUGAAAGAAAUGCAUAGUUCUCCCUUGUUGAAUAAAGAUGAUGAUGAUGAUGAGUUUGACACGAUGGAGGAGUGCCUAAGGAUUUUUAAUGAAUCGAAGGAUGUUAAAACUGAAGACAAGGGCAGGUUUGGAAAACAGGUAUCAAACGAAAGUACAAAUGAAGUCGGUGAGGAUGAUUUAAAAUCACUUUUUCCGGGGCAGAAAAAAAGGGUUGCUCACCAAAACAGUGGACCGGCUGGAGUUGCAUCUAAGCAAGUGGCCAAGCCGUACCAUCACCCAUCUCCACAGGAGGUCUGUUACCAGAGAGCCUUGUGGGCACAGAAGCAGGCAGAGAUUGCUGCUGGCAAAGCUGCUUCUGGGCUUCAGUCUCGGGGAGAGAAGCAGUGUGUCUCCCGAAUGUCAAACCAUCUGCUGUCUUCAGAUAAGCAGUCAGGUAUUAGAAUUGCCAAACCAGUUAGUGGUGCUUCUGCUGAGAAGACAUCUGUGCCUGGGUCUAGCGAUUCUGUAAUGGAGCGAACCUCAUCUGGAAUGCUACAUAAAACAUCGUCCACUGCAACUACUCAGAAACGUCUAGCCCACACUCCAACUCUCAAGAGCACUGCCGUCAAGAGACCGGUCAUCCCUGCUGAAUAUGGUUCCAAAGUCCCCACCAACAUCCGGCAACGGUACCUGAAUGUGUUUAUCGAUGAGUGCUUGAAGUUCUGUGCCUCGGAUCAAGAAGCCAUUGACAGGGCUCUGGAGGAAGAGAAGGCAGCUUAUGACCGAAGUUCCAGUCGUGUUGUCUACCUUAAUGUUGCUGUAAAUACACUAAAGAAACUGCGGAACCUGAUUCCCAGCACAUCUCAGGGAAGCAAGUCCACCAAAGCUGUUAAUUCGAAAAGAGUGUCUCAUGAGGCUGUACUGGGAGGAAAGUUGGCAGCAAAGACAAGUUUUUCAGUGGGCAAGAGUGUGACUCAACAACAAGAGAAUCUGACAGGAGCAAACUUGUAUCGAAAGCUGAAGGCUUAUGUCAUGACAGAGGAGCAGCUGGAGAAAAAUGGCUACCCCAUGCCACAUCCUGAAAAGGCAGGCCGAGCAGUCAUCCUUGCAAAUGAAGAGAAGAAGGCUAGUGAUCAACUUUCAAGAAUUUGUUGUCGUUGUGGUGCUGAAUAUGCGUUGUCAGUGAGUGGGAACUAUGUCCGUAAAGAAGAAUGCACGUACCACUGGGGAAAGUUAAGAAGGCACAGAGUUCCUGGAGGAUGGGAAACUCAGUAUAGUUGCUGCUCAGCUCCUGUUGGAUCACAAGGUUGCCAGCUUGCUAAGCAACACGUUCAUGAUGGACGCAAAGAAAACCUUGAUGGCUUUGUAAAAACAUUUGCAAAAUCACUACCACCUGAUGGCAAUGCUGGAAUUUUUGCUUUGGAUUGUGAGAUGUGUUAUACCAAAAUAGGUCUAGAGCUGACAAGAAUAACCGUGAUCAAUUCAGACCUUAAAGUUGUGUAUGAUACCUUUGUCAAGCCAAGCAAUCCAAUAGUGGACUACAACACCAGGUUCUCCGGUGUGACUGCUGAAGACCUUGAGGAUACAACUAUUACUAUUCAUGAUGUCCAAGCAGUUUUGCUUAGCAUGUUCAGUGAAGAUACCAUCUUAAUAGGGCACAGCUUGGAAAGUGAUCUGUUUGCACUUAAGCUUAUGCACAAGACAGUGGUUGACACAGCCAUUGUAUUUCCUCACAGACUGGGCCUGCCUUACAAACGAGCACUAAGGACAUUGACAGCUGACUACCUCAAACGCAUAAUCCAAGAUGAUGUUGGUGGUCACGAUUCCAGCGAGGAUGCUAGCUCUUGCAUGCAACUGAUGAUCUGGAAGCUGAAGGAAGAUGCAAAAGUCAAAAGAUAACUGUUUUCUGUUUUUCUUAACUCUUUAAACAGUGCAAUAAAUAACUGAUGUUUAACAUUACUUUUGGAUGCCAUGUUCUGGAGGCGAGACAAGUUAGAGGUUAACACCUCUCUGCAAUUUCACAUAUUUAAAGGCUUUCCAGCUGCUGAUGUUUUGCAAAAGGGUUGCUACAUGAAGUUGAUUUUUCCAGCCUACUGAUUCCUGUUCAGCAUUGUGAAUUAUUGUCGUUGGACCACCAGAAAGCAUAACCAGUGUUUGUACAGGAUUGUGUUAAUGUUCAUGGAUGGCAUUCAUCCAAGGCUGUUUUUAUGAUCAUUGCUAGCAUCAAUUCAUGCCUGCCAAGUUGUGCCAUAUUACAGCUGCUCUUGGUAUUCUAAAUGUUCAUAAACUGUACGGUUUGAAACAGUGACACCUUGGUGCCAGAAGGGCUCUUUUUUCCCCUAGUCUAAGUCUAACUUGUGAAUUUUUUCUCUGAAAUAGUGUGGAGCUUUGAAGAGUAGGUGUGCAUCUGCACUCUGUUUAGAUUUAACACUUCUAAAGUUUCCAAGCCUUACGUGCAUGAUUGGGUGUGGAUUUUACAGCAGUAACCUUUUUGAGCCAUCUAACUGAUUGUGUAAAAUAGCAGGCCUUAAUAAGCAGGACAUCUAUAUAGUGUUCAUUACAGAUCAGGAGAGGAUCUGUUUUCAUUUUAAACCUUGCACAGGACUUAACUCUACCCCUUUGGAUUAUGCUGCAGGUUUCUGUUUUCAUCCCAAGUUUUGAAGUAAUGCAGGAAUGAUGUUAGAUGCUCCCUGUACAUUGAACUUCAGCUUUGUUUGGAGUCUAGACAGUGACUGGUUGAUGGUUGGUUUCGGACUCCCAGAGAAAAAAAUCCAGCUAAAUGGCCUAGGUUGUCUGUAUCUAGUGGAUGGAGACGAAAAUAAUUUCAGCUCAGAUUAAUGUCAGCUUGCUGUGAUGUAAUGGUAACUCCUUUGUAAUAUUUUUUUUGGAUGCUUUUAUACAUAUAUAUAUAUAUAUAUAUAUAUAUAUAUAUAUGUGUGUGUGUGUGUAUAUGUAUGUAUAUGAGUAUGGACUGAAAGCAUAAUGAUUUAAACAUGCUAAAGGCAUUUUUUUCUGUAGAAAAUGCACUUUAACCUCCACCUGUCCUGUCAAAGUGUUGAACAUUCUUUAGGAACUGACUUUUGAUUUGGAGGCCCUUUUGUUGGAUUUGUUUGAGCUGGAGACCUGGUUUGUAAUAAGAAAAUUGGUUAAGAAUUGCGUUUUAGAAUGAAAGGAUGGUGAUUACCUGAGGUACAUUUACAGCGAUUUGUGCAAUGUUUUUUUUUUUCUUUUUGUUUCCAAAGUUGACAUUUAUUUGGAUUGUUACCCGCAUCCUCACAUUAUUUACAUUUGUCUCGUUUCCUUUUUUUAUACGUUUUUUUCCUUUGAGUCUGGGACACUGAAUCUCUUGUUUGGAUUGAGGUUGCCUCACAGUAGUGCAUUGUACCUGUUUGUAAUGGUUUCUUUUGCCCUUUCUUUAACAAGUAGUCCUGCACUCAUCCCAGUUAGAUAAGUUUAUUUUGUAAUGAUUUGUAUCCUUCUAAAUAGUUGCGAGACCAUCUUCUGUGAUCUUUGUACACGUGGUCUUUGUCAUUACAGCUUUAUAAGUAAAGUUUUAUUUUCUUUUCCCUGCAUAAUCACAGGAUCUCAUAGAUUUUGAUUCUACAGCUGUAGCUAUUUUAAUGAUCAUUGCUGGCAGUGCAUCAUGCCUGCUAAGCUGUGCCAUACUACAGUGAUGACUUUCAUACUGGGGAUAUCUCAUAAUGAGGUUUCACCAGCUAGAACUUACUCAGAAUGACUGAAUGUUUGCCCUCAAAAUGCUAUUGUCUCAAGCCCAACAGUUUAUGAAUAGAGUUUCUCUGCUGAGACUUGGUGUAAUAUGCCAACACUUGUAAUUCAUUCACUGUUUAUUUGCGCUUUCCCAGUUCAAUUUACAGCACUAAGUUUGGUUCAGAUAGUGUGAGAAGUAUGCAGUAGUAAUGAGAACCACAAGACGAUGGUAGCUACAAGAGUCAUCAUUUGUAUUGUCAGGAGUCUCCAAAUUGUAAUGUUUUGCAAAUAGCAAAGUUCUUUCUUCAAGUUUUUUUUAAUGAAAUUAGAACAGCAGUUUUUGUUCUACACUGCCCUUGUGGUUUACCCACAUCAUCCCAACACAAUGCACUAAGACUACCAUUUCAAAAAAACACUGUGAAGAGGAACAACAACUCAUGAUCUAGAAGAAAUCAUCUUUAUCUGAGAUAUUUUAAAAAUCGGACAUGGAUUCAAACAAAAUCUGAUGUUGUGGCUGUCAUGGAGUUGGUCCUUGUAUUCUUCGGAUUGCUUUUUAUCUGUAAUUUAUAACUUAUUUUCCAUUCAUUACCAGUUUAGUUGGAUAAUACGUAGAAUUUAUGUAUGUUUAACUUUUUUAUUACAGUUAUACAUAUCUGCACAGUUUUACUGUGCUCACUGGAGACUCUGUACAGUUGCUUCUGUACAUUUACACUGAAAUCUUGGAUUGCUUGCCAUCUGGUUCCUGCAUUGUAAUCUGUUCAGCUAUGAAGCUUUCAAAUGGAAAGGUUUUCAGCUCCAACCUCCAGGGAAGUGUAAAGUGUGAUUCCUGUUUCUAAUCAUAUUUUACACCAUGCGGUACCUUGAUGUAAAGUUUUGCACAGCUGCACUAGUGACAUUCCACAAAACCGAAAAAAGUAUUUAAAUCCUAUUUUUGGACAUAUUGGAAGUUUUGGUGCCUUAUGUUUGUAUGCCUGAACAGUAGACAGAAUAGAGCAAAGAGAAACAAUGCUUUAUUAAAUGUUUUGCUUUUAUUUUCUUUUUUUUAUGUGACAUUGAAAUUGUGCAAGACCUUUCUCAAUUUAGGACAGCUUACUUAAUGCACUGAACUUUAUAUUUGCGAUGUAUAUGCAUAAUUAUAUAUAGGAUGGAAUUGUGUUUUAAAUAAGAAUUUUUGUUAACCCAGUAAGAGUUGUUUUAGGUUAAUAGAUUAAUAUUUUAUGUGUUGUAUUAAUUCUUUAAAAAUACUAAACAUAUUAUUAGAACCCUGCUAUAUUGCUAAUAGCCCUGGGUGUGGUUAAAAAAGGAUGCUAAAAUGUUGCUGUCUGCCCGUUGUGUAAUGUUUUCUUUUGUCUAGUGCAUCCAUGAAAUUUUACAAUACAUUCAGGUUGGAAGGAGGGUUGGGUACUUGCAUCGCCUUUCCUUAUUUAAAAUUCCUUUAGCUUUACCUUUAUUCUGUUCAGGUCUUGGCUGCUGAUAGCAUCAUUGUAGUUUGCUUUUGGUCAAACUCUUACUGUUCACAUGUUUUGCUGAUUUAGUAAGGUGUACAAUUGUUUAUUCUUCUAUAGUGGCACAGGUUCCUGUCUAGCUUGCUGUUGGCCAAAUUCUUACUGUUCAGAUAUUUGGUUGAUUUAGUAAGAUGUAAAAUGGUUUAUGCAGCAUGCUCUAUAGUGGCACAGGCUCCUGACUGCCUCUUAUCUUCCAAAAUUAGCGUUGCAUACUGGAAGCUGGUGUAUAUCUGAUGUAUUCAGGAUUUAGGAAGGCUUGAGGGUUAAUGAUCCUUAUAAUGUUUUUCUGUGCAGUUACCAAAAUUCUUGUCUCCCAAGUGUGAAGAUGUGAAGACAAAUGCCAGUAUCUGUAGAAAACCCAACAAAAUUUGGCACUUGAAAAAAAAAAUUAACUAAAACAAUGAUUUCAAGCUUUCUGAAGCAGGAUGUGUCCUAUGUCAGUAAACAUUGUGUAGAGGUGUCAAAUUAAUUUAUUAUUGUUUGCAUGAAGAAGGAAAUGUUUUACUCUAAAAGCCGGCAUUAAUUAUUUUAAUCAGUUCAGAUGCUGAAUUUUGCAUACGUAAAAUUAUAGCAUCUGUAUUCCAUAUUGAGUGGUAACUUUGCUAUUAUAUUGCAGCAAAUUUGUUUUCUUUGAAUUGGUGCAUUCCUUAAUAGCAGCACCUGUUAGUUUAAGGAAGGACCCCCCCACCCCUGUGUUUGUGAUAAUGUGGAAAAGGUGAGACUCGUAGGAAGGAGAGCUGCUGACCAUAAGAUGGUAAAGCAUUUUGAAAAUACCUUUGACUCAGCAUAGUUGGUAAGACCUAGUUGUAGUUUAGGGCUAUACAGGUGUGCCAGGUUGGACUGUAAAGGUGUUUGACACAGUAUGACAAUGGAUGGAGCUGGCAAGAUGCAGUAAGACUGUGAACACACAUAGAGUAAUUGGAGAAGAAUUCUGUAACCAAGUGGGAGUUUGUUGUUAUUAUGGUCUGGAAUUAUGGAGUGAAGUAGAAACAUUGUAUAGUAAAAGUAUUUGAUUUUUAUAGAAAGGAGAGUUAUGCACUUGGGUCAUAGUCGGGUUCUUUGAACUUUUUUGUGUAUUGCACAUCAAUUUUUUGCUCAGACUUGAAUCUUUGUUAAAGUUUCUAGAAAAUUGGGUGCGAAUGGAGGUGGUGCUAGAAUAUGUUCAUUGGGACUGACUCUUAAUAAUUUGGUGCUAAAAUACAAUGACUCAAGUGAUCCCACAGCAAGCCCUUGAACGUCACCUUAGGAUAUCAGAAUGUGUGAGUUUAAUUCUGAAAUGUCAAGUCUGUGUAGUUUGAUUCUCCCUAAGAUUUGUUUCUAAUGGAAUUCUCUGUUUGGUGUGAGUUGUAGUUCUCUGUUUAGUAAAAUAUGUAAUAGUUUACUUUGUGUUUACUGCUGUUGCUUCUUUUAGGAUCUUCUGUGUUAUUUUUUAGGAUGGGGCUGCCCGAUCUAAUAAAUCAGAUUUCUAUGCUGAGAUAACA